AUGCCCAUCUCAACUGAGAUCUUGAAAGUUGAAGCCAGAGCUACCAUGGUCAAAGCAAACAAGAAAAAUAGAAAGCUUGAUAGAAAGACUAGGCGUCAAACUGAGGAAGAGGAGCUUACUCUGCUCAAAAAGAGAAUUGAGGAAUUUCAGCCGGAGGAUUCAAAGGAAACCUCUCAGUUCCAAGAUUACCCCAUCACAGAAGCUACGCUUCAAGGUCUUCGAGAAGCUAACUUUGUCUCCAUGACAGAUAUCCAAAAGAGAACGAUACUUCCAGCCUUGAAGGGUGAAGAUAUUAUUGGUACUGCUAAAACAGGAUCUGGUAAAACUUUGGCAUUCUUGAUACCUGUGAUUGAGUGUUUGAUUCACAAUAAUGUCACCGAGUAUGACGGCUUGGCUGCUCUUAUAGUCUCACCCACCAGAGAGUUGGCUGUCCAGAUCUUCGAAGUUCUUACAAAGAUCGGAAAGUACAACGCGUUCUCUGCUGGUUUGGUGACGGGUGGAAAAGAUGUUCAAUUUGAGAAAGAGAGAAUCGGUAGAAUGAACAUCUUAGUUGGUACCCCCGGCAGAAUAUCACAGCAUUUCAAUCAAUCUGUUGGCAUCGAAACCUCCAACCUACAAAUUCUUGUUCUCGACGAGGCUGAUAGGUGUUUGGAUAUGGGUUUCAGAAAACAGAUCGAUAGCAUUUUGGGACAUUUGUCCCCAGAGAGACAAACCUUGCUUUUCUCCGCCACUCAAUCUGACAGCGUGAAAGAUCUUGCAAGGUUGUCUCUUACAAACCCAACAAAGAUUGGUGUUUCUUCCGAUGCUAGCGUAUCGGCAACUCCUGAUACCUUAGAUCAGUACUACAUUCGCAUCAACCUUGAGGACAAGCUCGAUGUUCUCUGGUCAUUCAUUAAAACGCAUCUCAAGAGCAAGAUUCUUGUUUUCUUUUCGUCCUCGAAGCAAGUUCAGUAUACGUACGAAACAUUCAGGACGUUACAACCUGGUAUAUCCUUGAUGAGACUUUACGGUCGUCACAAACAAACGUCAAGAUUGGAAACCACAACGAAAUUCUCUCAGGCUCAAUACGCGUGCUUGUUCGCUACCGAUAUUGUCGCGAGAGGAUUGGACUUUCCUGCCAUUGAUUGGGUGAUUCAGGUUGACUGUCCCGAAGAUGCUGCCACCUACGUUCACCGUGUCGGGCGUUGUGCAAGAUUUGGGCGUUCCGGUAAGUCUCUUCUUAUGCUCAUGCCAUCCGAGGAGGAAGCUAUGCUCAAAAGGCUUCAGAGUAAUGAUCUUGAGAUCAAAAACAUGAACAUAAAGAAGAACAGCAAGAAGACUAUCCGGCCUCAGCUUCAAUCUCUCUGUUUCAAGGAUCCCCAAAUGAAGAAUUUGGGUCAACGUGCAUUCAUUUCAUACUACCGUUCCAUUUACGUUCAGAAGGAUAAAGAGGUUUUCGACGUCGAAUCCCUUCCUGCUGAUAAGUUUGCUGAGUCAUUGGGUCUUCCUGGUGCUCCCAAAAUCAAAAUUAAGGGAGGAGAAGGUAAUAAGGAGAAGAAGAAUAUGUCGAGACAACUCAUGGAGCUUGAGCAAGCUGACAGGGACGGCGAGGUCAAGUCGGACGAUAAAAAGAAGGUCAGGACAAAAUACGAUAGAAUGUUUGAGAGACAAAAUCAGACUGUUCUCUCUAAGGAAUACCUCAAUAUGACCGGUACUGAAAUCAGAAAGGAAAAGGACCAAGCUGAGGAGGAAAGUGAUGAUGAUUUCAUGAAGGUGAAGAGAACCGAUCACGAUAUCAAAGAUACUGAAAUUCCGGAUCUAAGCCUACCAGCUUCUAAGAGGGCCGCCAAGAAAGCUCUCUCUAAGAAGUUGUCCAUCAAGGACAAGGGUACUCCUACGAAAUUAGUCUUCGAUGACGAAGGCGAAGCGCACCCUAUCUAUGAACUUGAGGAUGAGGAAGAUUUCAGAAAGAAGGGUGACGCCAAGGACCAAAAGAAGGAGUUCGUUUCUAAAGAGACUGACAUGAUGAACGAGGCCGAUGUUGCCGACAAAGCUUUGGCAAAGUCAAAGAGGCAAGAAAAGAAGAGAAAGCGGAAGGAAGCUGAGAGAAGAAUGUUGGAGGAAGAUGACAGUAGUGACGAUGAGGGUGUUCAGGUUACUCUCGGAGGGCCAGAUCUCGAGAGAGAUCUUGAGUCACUGGAUGAGGAAGUUGAGGAACCCAAGCUGAAGAAGCCUAAGUGGUUCGAGAAUAGCAAGAACUCUAACAAUGAUAGGGAUGAUGGUGUUGUUGAGAUCGAUGAGCCACAGUCCUUGGAAGAUUUGGAGGCUUUGACCUCUAGGUUGAUCAAUAAUUAA